AUGAGAGUGACAACCAUGGGAUCUUUUAAACAAGUUAUGUUUAUUAUAAUGUACUCAACACCAUUUGCACUUGCACAUGGUACUCACUCUGGUGGGGAGUUGUUAACAGGUAAGCUAAGCAACAUUCUAAUGAACUACGUUUUCCCUGGUUCUGCCCGUUCGAGUGCACUAUUGGCUACGUUGUACAUUUCCGUAGUUCCGUGUAUCAUAGUUUUGGUUAUUCCUGAGUUUCGUAAGCCAAAGGAAUCUAGGUUGCUUCCCCUCAUGGUUGCAUUUGCACUAGGCAGUCUAAUUGGCGAUGUUUUCGUGCAUUUAUUGCCCGAAAUAUUCCAGGAUGAUCACGGAAAUGAGAUUAUACGCGGCAUGCUUAAUGAUUUGGAUGAUUUAACUCUUGAACAUAUUACAGACAACGAAAAAAGUGUUUCAGAAGCUUUAGGUCUCCACCUUAGUCCGUUGAGUGCUAACUCUCUACUGAAGAAAGGUUCCAACGACGUUGUUAUAAAAGGGUUUUUGAUCAUGUGCGGAUUCAUGGUUUUUAUGAUAAUUGAUAAAGCUUUGAGAAUCUUAAGGUUCGAAGGUGGUGUUGAAUCGCAUGAUCAUGGCCAUGGUCACUCUCAUCUUCAUUCUCACACUGAUUCGAGUGUCAUUACGGACAGAUCCCAAGGUGCCUUCGAAAAAGAGGAGAAUCUUGGUCAAACCACAGGUUCUUCUAAGGACUCCAAUGAUGAUCAAAUUUUGACGAAACGGAAAAGUAGCACUGGUUCUGAUUUAUCGGAGCAUAUAACCGACAAUGUAAUCUAUGAAAAUGAAACUUCGUCUACUUCUUUAAAAACGUCUGCAUAUCUUAACUUGGUUUCAGGGUUUGCGCACAAUAUCACCGAUGGAUUUGCCUUGGCAUCUUCCUUUUACAAUUCCAAACAAACUGGUAUCACUACGUCAAUUGCUGUCCUGAUUCAUGAAAUACCACAUGAAUUAGGUGAUUUUGCAAUUCUUCUCACAUCGGGUUUUAGUUUCAUGGAUGCGAUCAAAUCACAAAUUUUCACUACGGCAGGUGCCCUUCUUGGAACAAUUUGCGGUUGUCUGAUUAAUGAAUUAUCCGCUCAAGAUUCAGUAGGUGCGCCAUCUCGGGCAUUAAUACCCGAGAUUGGGUUCAUACCUUACGAGAAAGAAACGUCAACCUUGUCAUCUACCGAUUUAAUGCUGCCCAUAACAGCUGGAGGGUUCAUCUACAUUUUCGCUGUAGGUGUAGUUCCUCAGCUUCUUCAAAACACCUGCAGUUCAAGAGCCGGGGAAGUAGUCAAAUCUUUGAAGCAGUUGGCUUGUGUACUGGCAGGAUUUGGACUAAUGGCGUGGAUGGGUAUGAAUUGA